UUGGCGACUCCCCAAGUCUCCCUAUUUUAAAGAUGUUUGGGUAAUAUUUGGGUAUUUAUUGGAAGCUUUUUUAUUAGCUUUGGCAAAGCUGUUUCAACAUAAGACAAAUUUAUAGGUCACCCGAGUGAAAUGUUUAUUAGUUCUCCAUGGUGUUUAACAAGGCAUUAAGAUUUAAUUUUUUUCUCCCUAGCCUUUCCAAGCAUUAGCAAACAUGAUUCUUAUGAAAUGUAGUGUCUACAUUGGAGAUGAAACUGCUCCGGGUGGGCAGAGUAAAUGUACUGAAGUAUUAAAAUAUGAAUACUAGUGUUCACAUUAGUCAGAUAUACUGGGCACCCAUACUUUAUUUUAUUGAUUCUUAUUAGAGAACUGGAGGCAUCUGAAGCUCAACUUCUUUGGUAGCAGAUGUCCCCUAAAAGAUAUUUUGUGUAGAGCAGCAGAGCCUUGUUAUUAAUGGAGGAGUCUAGUAACAAGUAAUAACCCAACCCGCGUGGCGCAGUCGUUGAGCGUCAACCUAUGAACUAGGAGGUCCAGGUUGGAUUCCAGGUCAGGGCACAUGCCUGUGUUGUGGUCUUGAUCCCCAGCGUGGGGGUGCAGGAGACAGCCUAUCAGUGAUUCUCAUCAUUGUUGUUUCUCCCUCUCCCUUCCUCUCUGAAAUAAAAAAAUAUAUAUAUAUAUGUAUAAAAUAAAUUCAAAAACAAGUAAUAGAUACCUGAAAAUAAUUCAUCUACUGUGAUUAUCAGCCUCUCCUUUAACUGUUCACUUAGAAUAUUUUCUGCUUUUUGAUUUUUAGAAGACGGAGACCUGAAGCAAAGAAAUCUGUAUCACAAAAAAGUAUUCAAGGGUCAUGCAAGCCAACUGUAGCCAAUUGCAAAGAGCUGCAGGCAGUGAGGCUGCCUCAGCCUCCCAAAGUGUCCACACAAGAUUGACAGAAGGUUCUGGUCUUCAUUCUGGAGAUGUGCAUAUCCAGAUUAACUCCACACCUAAAGAAUGUGCUGAAAAUCUAAGCUCCAGAAAUAUAAGGUCAGGUGUCCAUAGCUGUACCCAUGGAUGUGUACAGAGUCACUCACGGAAUCAGUCCCGUAACCAAGCAAGGCAGCCUGGUGAUACUUCCAUGGAGUCUGGAGAUCAUGGUAGUAGCUCCUACUCAGAAUUCCGAUAUCUCUUCAAGUGGCUGCAAAAGAGUCUUCCAUAUAUUUUGAUUCUGGGUGUCAAACUUGUUAUGCAGCAUAUAACAGGAAUUUCUCUUGGAAUUGGACUGCUUACAACUUUUAUGUAUGCAGACAAAAGCAUUGUAAAUCAAGUUUUUCUAAGAGAAAGGUGCUCAAAGAUUCAGUGUGCUUGGUUACUGGUAUUCUUAGCAGGAUCUUCUGUUCUUUUAUAUUACACCUUUCAUUCUCAGUCACUUUAUCUCAGCUUAAUUUUUUUAAAUCCUACUUUGGACUAUUCGAGCUUCUGGGAAGUACUUUGGGUUGUUGGAAUUACAGAUUUCAUCCUGAAAUUCCUCUGCAUGGGCUUAAAAUGCCUUAUUUUAUUGGUGCCUUCUUUCAUCAUACCUUUUAAAUCCAAGGGUUACUGGUACAUGCUUUUAGAAGAAUUAUGUCAGUAUUACCGAACUUUUGUUCCCGUACCAGUUUGGUUUCGUUACCUUAUAAGCUAUGGGGAGUUUGGUAAUAUAACAAGGAGGAGUCUUGGAAUAUUGCUGGCUUUACUCUACCUCAUACUAAAACUUUUGGACUUUUAUGAACAUCUAAGAAAUUUCAGACAAGUUUUGAGAAAAUGUUUUACACGACCAAGUUAUGGAGUGGCUGCCAGCAAGAGACAGUGUUCAGAUGUGGAUGAUAUUUGUUCAAUAUGUCAAGCUGAAUUUCAAAAGCCAAUUCUUCUCAUCUGUCAGCAUAUAUUUUGUGAAGAGUGCAUUACCUUAUGGUUUGACAGAGAGAAAACAUGUCCGCUGUGCAGAACUGUGAUUUUAGACCAUAUAAACAGAUGGAAAGAUGGAGCUACUUCAUCAGACUUCCAGAUAUAUUAAGUUGUAUAAACUGUUAAAGCCACAAAACACGUGUUGUAGUCCAGUUUAUCACGAUUGUUCAACCUAAUGCAUAUGCGACAUUUAUUCUAUCCUAAUCAUUUGACAGAUGAUUGCAGUGUUAAAUUAUGUUUUCUUGUUAAUUUUACCAAAAAAGCAAUUGGAUAACUAGAACCAGUUCUUAGAGGAACUCAGGUAUUCUUUCCUGACAUUGUUUUCAGAAUAAAGAAUAUUUUUAAUAUUUUAAGAUACACAUUAUCUGAAAGUCGAAUUUUCUUUUGCAUUGACUUUUAUAUUUCCAAUUCUAAAAAUUCUUAAAAUUUUCAUAAAAGUUGUAUUUUUAAAUGAACAUUCUAAAUGCUAUAUUUUACUUGUAACAGAUUUUCUAAGUGAAGAUUUACUGAGGGUGAUGUAUUUUAAUAUUGUGUUAUUCUCUAUAGUAUGAUUAGCAAUCAAUGAGAAAUACAUGAUUUAAAUGUAUUGUUUGUUGACCUCAUACAUACAAUCCUGCCAUCGGUUUUAAUGUUUGUGAUCUUGCUUUUUGUAUAGUGCCAUGGACUAUCUUGAAGUACCUAUUAAAAUAAUUCACAUGGAUUACAAAUA